ACGCACUACAAAUGUCAUAUGACAUUACAAAUCAAAAUUAUUCGUUUUCACUCGGUAGGAUUAUUCAAAAAUUUGUCUCAUGUAAAAAAUUCACUGUGUAACACCCGCAAUCAAGAUGUCACACGACGAUGAAGUGAAAGGUUUCAACUUCGACCAAACCAAAAAGCACUUGACGCGUGAGCAGAAGAAGAAACUGCUUCUAGCAGAAAUGAUUAGAGAUAUAGAAUAUAAGAAAAAGUAUGGGGAAAUCUUGAACACACCAACUCCAUCCACUCACUCGGGAGGCAGUACAGGUAUUAGAAAAACUCCUUUUCCUAACACGGCUCUAACUAAUUUACCGCGUGGCAACCAAUCUAUGGAAAAAUGGUUCACUGGUACCAUGGAGACCAAAGAUGAAGGACGAGUGUCGCCCAAAGAACUUCAACAAGCUUUUCAAACUUUCCAAGGGAAACAUUACUCAGAUGGUGUCUGCAAAUUUGUUGUGCGCUUAUUUGAUUUGGACAAAAACGGCGGUUUAGACAUAAAGGAGUUCGAGUCUUUGUAUUAUCACAUAAAGCAGUGGUUGAAUGCGUUUAAUUCCUAUGAUAGAGACCGAUCUGGGUUCUUAGACGAGACAGAAUUAGAUUAUGCUUUAAAACACAUGGAUAUUAACUUUACUCCUGAGUUUAUCAGGUAUUUAAUAACAAGGAACGAUCCGAAGGCUAAGAAAAUUUCACUAGACCAAUAUCUGAUCACUUGUAUUCAGAUUCAAAAAUACACAGAUGAAUUUAAAAGCAGAGAUACAAACUACAGUGGCAAUAUUAACAUGAAAUAUGAAGAAUUUCUUGAAUUGAUUAUGAGGUGUUUGUGAAUUUAAUUUGUUACAUGAAGAAAAUUACGGUAUAAAAAUAUUUAUUAUGUUUUUUACUAAUAAAGCUUGUAGACUUUAACGAUGUAAAGAAAUUUAUACACAUAUUUGCACUGCCAAAAUAAAUUAGGGGAACGAAUUUUGA